GCGGUCCCUAACCGAAGGCCCGCCUCCCUUGUCCGCAACGAUCGCGUGCCAAUCGCCCCCCCGGAAGUGGUCUUAACUUGUACCCGAAUCGCUCGUAACACGCGGCGGUCGCGAAGCGAAGAGCGACGCAAAGAGUGAAAGAGAAAGAGAGGAAGGAAGAAGACGACCAGAAGUGUGGCAAGGAAAACAGAACACCAUUCCUUACACCAAUAUCCUUUCACCAACAAACUGAGACCCCUGAUUAUUACCUGAGGAUGAAAUCCUCGACGGUGCUAAUUGCCCUGGCGACCAUCGCAAUCGCUGGCGCCACAAGGAUCAAGCGACAGGCUACAGACGAGCCCAAGAAGGAGGAGAGCUUCGAGAACGAGAUAUGCAAGGACAAAGAUGCCGGGGAGUGGUUCCGACUCGUUGCCGGUGAGGGUGACAACUGCCGUGAUGUCAUCCAGUGCACAAGCUCAGGUCUUCAAGCUAUCAGAUGUCCGGCCGGUCUCUACUUCGACAUUGAGAAGCAGACUUGUGACUGGAAGGACGCGGUCAAGAACUGCAAGCUGAAGAACAAGGAGAGGAAGAUCAAGCCUCUUCUUUACACCGACGAGCCAUUGUGCCAGGACGGCUUCCUCGCCUGUGGUGACGGCAACUGCAUUGAACGUGGCCUCUUCUGUAACGGAGAAAAGGACUGCGGCGAUGGCUCAGAUGAAAACACCUGCGACAUGGACAACGACCCCAACAGGGCGCCGCCAUGCGACCCGGCCGUCUGUGUUUUGCCGGACUGCUUCUGUUCCGAGGAUGGUACCACAGUCCCGGGUGACUUGCCGGCCAAGGACGUGCCCCAGAUGAUCACCAUCACUUUCGACGACGCGAUAAACAAUAAUAACAUCAACCUCUACAAGGAGAUGUUCAACGGAAAGCGAAAGAACCCGAACGGUUGUGACAUCAAGGCGACGUUCUUCGUAUCCCACAAGUACACCAACUACUCAGCUAUGCAGGAGACUCACAGAAAGGGACACGAGAUCGCCGUACACUCUAUAUCUCACAACGAUGAUGAGCAGUUCUGGUCCAACGCGACGGUCGACGACUGGGCGAAGGAGAUGGCUGGUAUGAGGAUAAUCGCGGAGAAGUACGCCAACCUUACCGACAACAGCGUGGUCGGAGUGCGUGCGCCGUAUCUUAGGGUCGGUGGAAACAACCAGUUCACGAUGAUGGAGGAACAGGCGUUCCUCUACGACUCGACCAUCACGGCGGCUCUGAAUAACCCGCCACUAUGGCCGUACACCAUGUACUUCAGGAUGCCGCACCGCUGCCACGGAAACCUCCAGCAUUGCCCAACGAGGUCACACGCUGUAUGGGAGAUGGUGAUGAACGAGCUGGACCGCAGGGAAGACCCUGAAAACGACGAGUACCUGCCGGGAUGCGCCAUGGUCGAUUCGUGCAGCAACAUCCUAACCGGUGAUCAGUUUUACGACUUCUUGAACCACAACUUUGAUCGCCAUUACAAGCAAAACCGGGCGCCGCUCGGUCUCUACUUCCAUGCCGCCUGGCUGAAAAACAACCCCGAGUUCCUAGACGCGUUCCUGUACUGGAUAGACGAGAUCCUGAGCAGCCAUAACGACGUGUACUUCGUCACGAUGACCCAGGUAAUACAGUGGAUACAGAAUCCGAGAACCAUCAGUGAGUCGAAAAACUUCGAACCUUGGAGUGAGAAGUGCUCAGUCGACGGACCCCCGGCCUGCUGGGUCCCCCAUAGCUGCAAGCUCACCUCGAAAGAGGUUCCCGGGGAGACCAUCAACCUCCAGACUUGCGUCAGGUGCCCGAAUAACUACCCCUGGAUAAACGACCCAACCGGUGACGGUUUCUUCUAAACACUUUACACCUCAAAACUAGCUACGAAUUAAUUUCAACAACUGUCCAUCUGAGAGUU